AUGGCUACCAUUCCCAUGGCUUCCAUGCAGCCACCAGGCACCAAGGUGAACUUCCAAGCGUCGGUCCGUGGUCCGCCGCAACCUGCGGCAAAGAGGAUGGCUGCUCUUGGGUUUUCCACACCAGCAGCUUUUGCUGCGACGAUCGGAUGCGCAGCAGGUCUGAGCCUGCGGAGGAGCCGAAUGCAGCCGGAAGAAGCGAAGGCAUCGCCUCCACAAGCCGAUCGUGAACUGUUAGCUGCUGAUCUUCCCUGGGUGUCACUUUGGAGGAUUUUCAUGGCAUCGGCCGUGCUGAUGUGCUUGGGCUGUUCAAGCCUCUUUGGCGGACAGGCUGAGAUGGAUCAAGCUUUGCUGCUCUUUCUGGCUUGGUCGAUCGUGAGACUUUUCCUCAGACACCAUGGGCCAUAG